GUCGUGUCAAAUUCAGAGUGGCUAUGAGUUUCUGCCGAGACGUUCACAAGUAAUUUCAACCGUUAUCAAAAGCGUGCUAAUCAUAAAGCAAAAAUCAAACAAGAGCAGGAGAAACCUCAGCACUUAUUUUUAACUUCAGAACUUGGCUCUUUAUUAACAAGGAAAAGGAUCAAUGGUCUUGGCUGGCAGAAUGACAAUUCGCUUGCUUGCUGUUCUGUGUGCUUGGGCACUUAUAGCAGAAUUUACUCUUUCGCUGCCCGAGGGAGAACACCCUGAAGAAUUGGACCUCGACGGACCUGUGGCUCCAGGAGAAGAAGAAGUAAAGACCAGGAAAAAGAGACAAAGUGGAUGCAAGGACCUGCUUAACUACUGCUCUCAAUGGCCAGACAAUUACUGUCAAACCUAUAAAGAUUACAUGAAAAAGAACUGUCCAAGAAAAUGUGGAUAUUGUAGUGGCCCGACUGACCCCCCACCUUGUCAGGACAAAAGUAGACAUUGUACAAAUUGGAAGAACAGGGGAUUUUGUGAUCCAUCAAGCCAGUAUCAUAUUUACAUGAAGAAUAACUGUGGAAAGACCUGUGGCUUUUGCGGAGGAGGCGGCGGAGGAGGAGGAGGAGGGGGCGGAGGAGGCGGAGGAGGGGGAGGCGGCGGUGGCGGCGGCGGAGGUGGUGGCGGAGGUGGUGUGAGCAAUGCCAGUAAUAAAGUGAAAAGCUGUACCUUUGAUAACGGUAUGUGUGACUGGCAUAAUGUUCCGUUUGACGACGAAAUUGACUUUGUCAUCAAAAGCAGCAGCUCUGGUGGACCUAGCUCUGGAGCCGGGGGGAGUGGAAAAUUUCUUGUGACUGAGGGUAAUGGUAAGGCACAACUUCUGAUCCCGUUGGAGUUGGUCCUCGGCGAUCACAACGCAGAUUACGGCACGAUGUGUAUCAGGUUUAACUAUUACAUGACUGGAGGCACACUUAAGUUAUAUGAAAUCGAGAAUAAAAAGGGUUCAAACCGACAACCCAUAGGCAGUGCAAGUGGGAAUCGAGGCCAGUGGAAUUGCAUGAAAUGGAGUGUGAAAGUCAGCGUAAAACGACAACUGAUGUUCGAGGCAACCACCUCUGGCGGUGUUGUUGCCAUUGAUGAUAUCAGUUUUACUGAAAAUGGAUGCACGUAAUCAUAGCGUCAGAAAACUACAAGCAAGAAGUACUUUUAAGAUUGGUGAAUAAAAAUAAAGUACUGUACAAAUGA